AUGAAGAAACGAAAGACCAUCAAUGCCCGUUCGAUUAAACAAGUGCUAGAGAAACUACAACAGAGGUAUAAGGUGUUCUCGUUUGAUGAUUUUGAUCGGAAAUUGAAAUCGGAUGGUGUUGAGAGGGAUUUACUAUCGAUGGAGAGACUUGAUGCUCAGUUUCAUAAAUACGACAUUGUGAGUGCAAUCUUAUCUCAAAUAGAGAACGUGUUCACAAAGGAUGUCAUACAAAAAAUUAAUCAACAAGGAGAAGACUCUCUUCUGUUUGAUAUCAUGUCGGGAAGUGUAAAUUUUGGAGAGCAAUUGAUUAACUCACCCAAAUUUGAGCAUUUAUUGCUCCAAGUGUUGGCUGAGGUCGACCGAGCCAUAAUAGAAUUUAAGGAACAUGGUUGGAAAAAAGAGUCAAAAUCAAGCCACACAUCAUCCACGCGAGACACUACAUCUCCUUCUGCCGACUCUGAAUUUUAUUGGGAGAAUUUUGUCAAUCAAAAAUCACACAUGUUCGAGAGCAGUGACCGACGAAAGGAACUGGCAAAAAUAAUUGGAAACAAAAGCAUGGAAACUAAUGCACGAGUAGAGGCAGCUAAAGAGCUUCAUAAAAUGUUUGCAGCUGACAUUGUUUCGAACGAACAUUGGAAUAUUGUACUAGAGAAUGUUACUCAAGGAUUAUCAGAUGAUGAGCAUGAAGAACUUCGAAAUUUAUGUGUGGCCAUGUACAAAAACUUCUUCAAAGUUUCACCUCCUGAGGCAACUGCAGAAAUUCAUAUUAAUUUACUGAACCACCUUAUCGAAAGGAUCAGCCAAUAUCAAGAAUCAUCACUUCAGUUAGAAACGAUAGAAAGUAAUCAUGGUCUUUUGGACUCUUUUAAAGUGUUACUCCAAUUUAACUACGAGGUUCCAAAAAAUUGGCUUUGCUUCUUUGGAGAUACCUCCAAAACAUUAUUGGAGAAAACUUUUACGCUUCUAUCCAAUCGCACUGCCUACUAUUUUUUAAGCUAUCUUGAUACAGAGAAUGAAUGGUUUUCCAGCUGGAUGAAAGAAUUCAAAAUUAGGAAAAAGAUUAUCAAAUUAUUACCAAGAUUAGAGUUUCUAAAUCGAGUCUAUGAAGGCCUUUCAUCAACAUCCAAGAAUCAAAAAACAAUGACCUAUUUUGUUUUAACACAUAGUUCUGCCAUUUGUUCUCGCCUUCUUCAGAACAAGGAUUGUAAAUCUAUUAUUGACUACAAGUAUAUCAUUCAAAAAUUAUGCGAAUCUUUUAUGACAGCAAUACGAGAACAAGAGGAGGCAGUUAUUGAUGCCAUGCACUAUCGAAGACUUUUGUCAAUAACCAAGCAGGCCUUAAUUAACAUGCAUACGGUUUUUUUUGAUGUGGAUUACAUUGCAUUUUUGAUGUCGUCCUUUGUGUCAUCUUUUGAGAUUAACAUGUUCACGGAGCAAUUUAUCACAGCAAUAUGUGAAAUUUGCAAUAACGCAUUAAUCAAUCAUGCUCAGCAAGUGAGUUCUGAUGACAUCAUUAUGGAAAGAAUAUUUAGCUUUCUCACUGAGAUAUUUUCAUCAGAUUCCUUGCCAAAUACGAUAAAGCUUCAUGGUCUGGAUAUAUUCAAGUCCAUCACAAGAAUUGAGCAAUUAUACGAUAAGAUUGAAUCGACCCACAUGCUCGAUUUAGUCAUUGAACAAAAGAACAACUUAUAUGACAAAGUCAUGCACAUUUUGUUGCACAUGACACAAAAAACCCGUGGCUUGGUCCUUCUUUCGAAAUAUGAGAUGUUAGACGAGUGUGUAGAUCAUCUUUUUUCAAGCUCUCAACUAUUCCUUCCUCAUCAUUGCUAUACGCUCUCUCAAGUUGGAUGUGUUCGGACAUCAUAUGCAGAUGUUGCCCUUAAUUACAUACCAGAACUUAUUGACAAAGAAAAAUUAAUUUAUGAUCAGUUUGACUGGACGCCUGAGACUGAACGCAAAGAUUUAGAUCAUUUCAGAUAUGACAUUACUCAAAUAUUAUUGCUUUCUCCUUUUUCCUACGAGAUAUCAAGUGUCGUUGACCAGAUAUGGUCAUUUGUACAGCAAGAGUAUGAAUGUGACUGUGUGUUUGGAUUACAAUUAUUUUCAAGCCUUAUUAAUAAUUUAAAUGCUGCAGCAUCUCUUUACAGUAGCAAUUUAUGGAAGGAGCUGCUGAAAAUAUCCUUUUCUGAAGAUGCUUCUAUCAUUGAUGAACCCUCGUAUUUACGUAACUCGAUUGUGCAAUUUUGUACCACGGUUGGAGGUAAAUCAGAAAGAAGAGAACAACAGUUAUUUCCAUUCUCUACAUGUAAAGCAUCUGUAACAUUUGAUGGUACAGAAUUUGAGGGCUGUCCAACCUUAUCUGAAGUAUUGCAAAGUAAUUCAAUUCUCGAGUACCGAUCUUUCAUUACAAAUACUUGUCUAGUUUCGGUUACGGUUCCCUCUAAAGACCAACAAGAAUGUGGAAACCAAAAUAUUGGAUCUUUUGGAUUGAAAUAUCUCGCUUCCUAUUUUAAAUCUGUGUAUGGAGAGGAAAGGCAUUUUGAUGCAUCUCAAAGCUGGUCAAAAAUUCUGGCCACUCUACUUUUUGGAAAUGAUGUGGAAAAAGUCAAAAUAUUCCUUGCGAACAAUCCAUUCCUGGACUUGAUCGACAAUAAUCAGAAUGUUAUUCUAGAAAUUGUCUCAAAUGUUGAAUCGAUAUUAUGUGAAGAAUUCCCUAUUCACUACAAUUCUUAUGUAAUGUGUGGAUUAAGCAUUUGCAAUAUUGUCACUCGCUGGUUGAGACAAUUAUUUUUCAAUUUUUUAGAUUUGAGAUGUAUUUUCCAAUUACUCGCUCUUAUGAAAGAAUUUGGAUGGAAUGCGUUGAUAUUUAUUUGUGUCUUGUUAUUGAAACGUGCUGCGUUGUUUGAUUUUUGUCAAGAAUACAAAUUGGAAUCGUGGACCAUGCACGUUUUCGAACCUCUUAAUGUGGACGGUGAGUGGUUUUAUGCCAUGAUCAUGGAUCCUUCUUCAGAAUUUUUCAUGUUAAAAAACAAGUACAAGACCCCAAUGCUUUCAUUUGACAAUUCCAAAUAUAUCUAUUAA